UUGAUUAAUGUUGAAUAAGUUGAUCAACCUCGAAAAAAUUAAUUGGCAAGAAAAUUAAUGAGUAAAAAACAACCUGCACAAUUUUAGAAAACUAAUUUUAAAAUUUUGUUAAUUAAUUAAAUAGUAUUAAAUACUAGUAAAGCUAUGACAGAAGAUUAAACUAAAUUUCAUAAUGUUAAUACAAUAAAAGCAGAUGGAUUGCUUAACUAGAAUUAAUAUUAAGCCAGAAACUGCUUGAUAGAUAAAAGACCUAGCCGCAUUUAAUUACUACCAUAGCUUAAUAACUCAAUCCACCGUAGGGCUUCAGCUUUUAUAACUCCUUAAGAACUGCUGCUUAAUAAAUAAGCUAAAAAGCUUUUUGAUAUUGGAUAAGGCGGUAUAUCUUUACCUGGAUUAAGCUAUAUUAGCACGAAAAUUCACUCUCCUUCACAGAGAAUGGAGAGUUCUAAAAUUAUUGCCUAAAAAAUAUCAAGUUAAAAACCUUUAAACGAAUCAAGCUAAGAAUUUUUAAAUAAAUAAUUUCCUUUUUUUGAGGUUACUAAUGUGAAAGAAUUAGAUAAUAAGAUAGACUUCUUUUCAUAGCAUGAGGCAGAAAGAGGUUUAAAAAGCGAUUAAGAAAAAUAAAAGAAUAUGAUGAAAAUAAAUUUCUCUAAUAAAAGAAAAAGAGACAGCAUAGUUUUAGAUUUAAUUUAACUACAAAACAAAAAUACGUUUGUUCAACCUCAGUUUAUGCAGGAAAGGGGAACAAUGUGCAUUACAGAGUUGUGGCCUGAGAGUAUGAAAAAAGAACUAGUUAAAUCUCAUUAAUUUAGCCAAAAAAAAAUCUAAAAUGCAUAAAAUCUAAGAUUAAACAACUCUGAUAAGAGCUUUAUGUCAGUAUUUAGACCUGAAAAAUAGAGAUAGCAGGUGGACAUCUAGUAAAAUCAAAGAGAUGAAAAUAGUUAAAUGGUUCUCUCUAAAUUUUCUGAAAAAAACGUUAUUGAAGUUUUUGGUUUAAUGAAUGAAAACAGAAAUAACAAAAUUCUUCUUAAACAAAGGUCUUUUACAUAGAAUUAGUCACUAUAAUCACCAAAAUCAAGAUAGCAGACAGCUAUAUAAGAAGAUGAUGAAAUUCAUGAAAAUACUUCAAGCCAUUCUUUUUAUGGUAGACAAGUGCAAUAAACAAAUCCAAAAAAUAAAUUUAUUUUUUCAUCUACUCCUAAAUUUAACAAUAAAUCUACUAAUUUUGAGAUAAAUAAAAGUUCUAGUAAAUUAAAUUCUAAAGUCAAUUUAGCAAACAGCAAAUUCUUUACUUCAACUCCUAAAAAACAUAAUUACUCAAAUUACUCAAAUUUGUCUUAAUUUAAAAAUAUCCAAAACAUAGAUCUCAACUACAACAACAAUAGUAUGUAGCAAUAACAAAAACAGCAUCAAGAUAUACUUGAAUCUAAUAACAAAUUUGAUUUCCUAAAGAGCUAAUGUGAAUAAGAACUAGAACAUAAUUUAGAUUUAGAAAAAUCAAUUAAUAGUAACCUUAAAGACAUAAGUACAAAGCUAUAAGGUCUUCUCUAAAAGCUUAAAUGA